AUGACUUUAGUAGCUAUAGGGGCAUGUUACCUUGACACAAUUCUAACGGCCCCAUAUUACCCUGGUGAAGAUGAGAAGCUUCGUGCAUCCAGAAUCAGUCGCCGGCGCGGUGGAAACUGCCCAAACACCCUCGAAGUUCUAGGACAAUUGUUACAAUACGGGCCGUCGAGUGCCGAAUCAUCACUGAAUCUCAUUGCUGUCCUUCCCUCCAAAAGCUCAGUACCAUGUCAACAAAUCCAAUCAAGCUUAGGGAAUAUGGUUCGGCUAGAUAGUUGCAUUUACCGAGAGAGGUUCAGUGAGCCAGCUUCUAGUUACAUUAUUACAAGCCAGGCCACCGGUAGUAGGACGAUCGUCAAUUAUAACGAGCUGCCUGAAAUGACUCGCACAGAGUUCGCAACUGCUGUUGAUCCCCUGCGGCCGUGCACCAGAGGUAACAUUGGAAUGUAUUCGUUAUCUUCGGGAGAACUUUCCAGGGCGGAAAUCAGUGUUGAGGUGGAAAAACCGGGCAGGCCAGGCUUGCAGGAGCUUGCAGACGUGGCAGACGUUGUUAUCUACUCGAAGGGCUGGGCACAGAGCAACGGAUAUACAUCCGCUGAGGAUUGCUUGCGGGAUCAAUCAUUGAAGACAAGCCGAGCAUCCUUGCUGUGCUGUACUUGGGGUUCUGACGGGGCUGCAGCACUUGAACCAGAAACUGGCAACUUUGCUCAUGUCCCGGCGCAUACUGAAGAAGUGGGAGUCGUCGACACCAUCGGAGCUGGGGAUACAUUUAAUGCUGGCUUGCUAUACGGCCUUAUUUAUCGGGGUCGGGAUUGGGGUUUCCGAAAGAAAUUGGAGUUUGCAAAUCUGAUUGCCGGCUUGAAGGUCACCCAAGAGGGCUUUACAGACCUGCAAAGAGCGUUGAACGUUCCGUGA